AUGGGCCGAGGACAGAGAGCACUGGGCAGAGGUGCUGGGCUGACUGAGGCUAGGCAGCCUGCACUUGUCUAUGCUGCACGUAGUCGUGAGGAUGGAGAUAUUUCGGACGUCAUCACGGACAUAGGCUUUACACAUUCCUACGUUGCAUGUUUUGUGUCUGAGUCUUUGGGAAUACCGUAUGAGAGCACUUCUACUGAGAUUUCAAUGCCUUACUUGGAUCUGUUUUUGGUGGUUUUCAUCGAUGACAUUUUGGUGUAUUCUAAGUCUGAGGACGAGCACGAUAAGCAUUUAAGAGUGGUUCUACAGAUCCUUUAUGAGAAACAGUUGUUUGCAAAGUUUACAAAGUGUGAGUUUUGGCUUAUGGAGGUAACGUUUUUAGGGCAUGUGGUUUCUGCUGAGGGGAUUCGAGUAGAUCCUUGUAAGAUUGAGGCUCUUGAGCCUGGUAAGGACUUCGUGGUUUACAGUGAUGUGUCACAUGUGGGUUUGGGUUGCAUCUUGAUGCAAGACGGUAAGGUAAUUGGUUAUGCAUCUCAACAGCUUAAGACUUACGAGGCUAAUUAUCCGACGCAUGAGUAUCACCCUAGAAAGGCCAAUGUGGUAGCUGAAUCAUUAAGCCGUAGGGCUGUGGCUAAUUUGAGAGCGUUGUUUGCUAGAUUGAGUCUUUGUGACAAUGGGAGUCUCCUGGCUGAGUUGCAGGUUAGGCCGAUGUCGCUGGUUCAGAUUAAGGAUAAACAGUUAGGAGAUGAGUCUCUUCAGUUUCAAUUUCUUCAAGUUGAGACUAGGACUACUACUGACUUUAGGAUUAGUAGUGAUGGAGUACUGUGUUUCCGAGGUAGGAUCUGUAUACCUAAUGAUGAAGAUUUGAGACUGUCGAUUUUGAAGGAGGCACAUAGUAGCCUUUACGUUAUGCAUCCUGGUUAA